AUGGUAUUACCCAGCAUCGCGGCCUUCGUUAAGCCGCCUACUCUUGACGAGGCUCUUUCUGGUAUUUUUGGAAGCAUUAGUUUGACAGCAUGGAUUUGCUUACUGCUCCCACAACUCAUCACCAACUACAAGGCCCAGCGAGCAGAUGCUCUGUCAAUGGGAUUCCUGUUUAUCUGGCUCCUCGGUGAUGUUUCGAAUUUAACCGGCGCUCUCUUUACGAACCUAGCACCCACCGCGAUCGCCCUGGCGAGUUACUUCUGCAUGGCCGACCUGAUCCUCAUUAGCCAGGUCGCCUACUACAACGCCAAGAACGCCCGCGCUGCCCUCCGUCCCCGUGGUCGACGAGUUUCUCGAGAGGACACCAUUUCGCCCGACUCCACCGAGCACUCUCCCCUCCUUGCCCGACGACGAAGCACGUCCUUGGGCCUCCCCGGGUCGUACCGCCGACACUCGACCCAUCAUGAGUCGAGUCUCGAGCCGCUCCGGAAAGUGGUCACCGGAGAGGAUGAGACCCCCGAUAGUAACCCUUGGCUCCAUAAUAGCAUUAGCUUGCUCGCUGUCUACACCGUUGGCGCCCUAGGGUGGUUCAUCUCCUACAAGGCUGGUGCCUGGGACACAGGGGCCAGCCCCGGCCAGUCGCCUGCCGUUCCUGAAGAUGAGCCCACGCACCAGAUUGGAAGUGUUUUGGGCUAUAUCAGCGCUCUGUGCUAUCUCUGCGCCCGAGUUCCUCAGAUUAUCAAGAACUACCGUGACAAGUCGUGCGAAGGGCUCGCCUUGCUUUUCUUCCUGCUCUCCCUCACCGGAAACAUGACGUACGGGCUCAGCCUCCUCUCUUAUUCCCAGGACCCCAAGUAUCUUCUCACCGCGUUACCCUGGCUCCUUGGCUCCCUUGGCACUAUGGUCGAAGACUGCAUUAUCUUUGUUCAGUUCCGCAUCUAUGCGUCCUCCUGA